GGAACAUGGAUCACCUGGCAGCAAUGAACAUUCACUCUUGGAACCAAAGCCUCCACUGGGCGCCGCCCGCCAGCCCUCCUACUCGCAGCAUCACGCCCUCACGGAUGUCACACAAGGCAAAGGCCUUCACCAUCGACGCCCUUCUGGGACUUGACACUCAAAAGGACCUUCCUGUCCCGACCGCCUCCCCGCCUGCAUCUCCGCUCUCCCUCCUUCAGCGGGAGUCCUCCGACACCGGCCUCAGGGACGCCCCCGGAAAGCUCAAGCGCCAUCGCACAGUGUUCACGGACUCGCAGCUUCAGCGGCUGGAGGAGGAGUUCCAGCGGCAGCAGUACCUGGUGGGCCCCGAGCGGAGGCAGCUGGCGAGCCAACUUCAGCUGAGUGAUUUACAACUGAAAGUGUGGUUCCAGAACCGACGCAUCAAGUGGCGGAAGAACCAGUUCAACCCGAGCGAGGAACAGAGCACUUGUUUGUCUCCAGAGGCAACAGAACAAGAAAAAUGAAGUUACAUCUGAGAAUGAAACCGGCCCAGUGAUAGUCUUUGCAUAAUUAUUACUUAUUUAUUACUCUAUCAAU